AGUCUGUCGACUUCUGAUUGAGUAUUCCAACGCCGCCCGUCAUCUUCAGGUCUGCACGCGUCGACGACAUCGCCUCAUUACUGGACAUUUUUCCUUUGGUCAUCUGCACACCAUCUCAACCAACGCGUCGCGGCUCUGAGAGAACUAUUCUGAUUAACGGCCGUGUAGGCCUUGAUUGCCCUUCAUGGCCCCUUCCAAGUUACGAGACCCCGACUCCGAAACCUCCUCCAUUGCCGAUGUCUCCAUGCAGGACGUCCACCCUGCGGUGAACCCGCGAAGACCUUCCUUUGGUCACCUCAACCGCUACGUGGACGAAACUCCAGAUUAUACUGAUUCCGAUACAAACCCCAACACCACAGCGAGCAGCGUUGCUGGCGACACUUCACAUCUCGAUGGUCGAAAGAAGAGAUCCGAGGCAUUGCAGUUGCGCAAGAGCCUUCUGGGCAAGAAACACGGACAGCUGGACGAGUCUAAAGAGGAUGACACGAUCCGGAGAUUCAAAUACCUGUUGGGCCUAACGGACCUUUUCCGACAUUUCAUCGAAACCAACCCCAAUCCUAAAAUAAGAGAGGUUGUGGUCGAAAUCGAUCGACAGAAUGCUGAGGAGGCGGCGCGCUUUAAGAAGGGAGUGUCCCGGAAAGGUGGCGCUACUGGCAAUAAGAGAAAGACCGAGCAAGAAGAGGACGCAGAACUGCUACGUGAUGAGAAACGUGGCGGAGCCUCUCAAACCAUCUUUCGUGAAUCCCCAUCAUACAUUCAAGGAGGCGAGAUGCGUGACUAUCAAGUCGCUGGCCUGAAUUGGUUGAUUUCCCUCCAUGAAAACGGUAUCUCAGGAAUUCUCGCAGAUGAGAUGGGUUUGGGCAAGACCUUGCAGACAAUUUCCUUCCUCGGGUACCUUCGACACGUCUGUGAUAUUACCGGGCCUCAUCUCAUUGCUGUUCCCAAAUCAACCUUGGACAAUUGGGCCCGCGAAUUCAAGAAGUGGACUCCAGAGGUCGAUGUGCUGGUUUUGCAGGGAGCCAAAGAUGACCGACACGCUUUGAUCAAUGAACGAUUAAUCGACGAAAAGUUCGAUGUUUGCAUUACAUCGUAUGAGAUGAUUUUAAGAGAAAAGUCUCAUUUGAAGAAGUUUGCUUGGGAAUACAUCAUUGUUGAUGAGGCCCAUCGAAUCAAGAACGAGGAGUCCUCCCUUGCACAGAUCAUCCGCAUGUUUAACUCACGCAACAGACUGUUGAUCACGGGAACUCCACUGCAGAACAAUCUACACGAACUAUGGGCACUUCUCAACUUCUUGCUCCCUGACGUCUUUGGAGACUCUGAGGCAUUCGAUGCUUGGUUUUCCGGCCAGAAUGAGGAUCAAGAUACCGUGGUCCAACAGCUGCACCGAGUUCUGAGACCCUUCUUACUUCGUCGAGUCAAAGCUGACGUCGAAAAGAGCCUCCUACCCAAAAAAGAGCUCAAUCUUUAUGUCGGAAUGUCAGAAAUGCAGGUCAAAUGGUAUCAGAAAAUCCUCGAGAAAGAUAUCGACGCAGUUAAUGGUGCUGGUGGUAAGCGCGAAUCCAAGACCCGACUACUCAACAUUGUGAUGCAGCUGAGGAAAUGUUGCAAUCACCCUUAUCUCUUCGAGGGCGCCGAGCCAGGCCCGCCAUACACUACCGAUGAGCAUCUGAUCACGACUUCGGGUAAAAUGAUCAUUCUCGACAAGAUUCUCACGAGAAUGAAGGAAGAAGGCAGUCGUGUCCUCAUCUUUUCUCAGAUGAGCAGAGUCCUCGACAUUCUCGAGGACUACUGCGUGUUCAGAGGUCACAAGUAUUGUCGUAUCGAUGGUGGUACCGCUCACGAAGACCGUAUCGCGGCCAUUGACGAUUACAACAAACCUGGUUCGGAGAAAUUCGUCUUUCUCCUCACCACUCGGGCUGGUGGCCUUGGUAUUAAUCUGACUAGUGCCGACAUUGUGGUAUUGUAUGACAGUGAUUGGAAUCCACAAGCAGAUCUGCAAGCAAUGGAUCGUGCACAUCGAAUCGGCCAGACAAAGCAAGUCAAAGUCUUCCGCUUUGUGACUGAAGACGCCAUCGAAGAGAAAGUCUUGGAGAGAGCCGCCCAGAAGUUGAGAUUGGAUCAACUAGUCAUUCAACAGGGCCGAGCACAAAUGCAAACCAAGCAAGCAGCCAACAAGGACGAGUUACUGAACAUGAUCCAGCAUGGUGCAGAAAAGGUUUUUGAGACCAAAGGUUCCACGGGAGCUCUCGACGACAUCGAUGAGAUUCUUCGACGCGGAGAAGAACGAACCGCUGAAAUGAGUGCCAAGUACGAAAAGUUGGGCAUCGACGACCUUCAGAAGUUUUCGUCCGAAAAUGCAUAUGAGUGGAAUGGAACCGAUUUUACCUCGAAGCACAAGAAGGAUAUUGGCGUUUCGUGGAUUAAUCCAGCCAAACGAGAGAGAAAGGAGCAAUUCUACUCAAUCGACAAAUACUACAAACAGGCCUUGUCGAGCGGUGGACGGCCUGCCGAGACCAAACCCAAGGUCCCACGUGCGCCGAAACAGGUCAAUGUACACGAUUGGCAAUUUUUCCCUCCCGGUUUGCAAGAAUUGCAGGACAAGGAAACGGCGUGGUAUCACAAAGAGAUCGGGUACAAGGCUCCGCUCAGCGAAGGCACAGAAGAGGACCAAAGCGACCGUGAAGCAGAUCAGAGACUUGCCCAGGACGAGAUUGACAAUGCUGAGCCCCUAACCGAGGAAGAAAAACAACAAAAGGCCGAAAUGCAGGAACACGGGUUUGGAAACUGGAACCGUCGAGACUUUCAACAAUUUGUGAAUGGAUCAGCCAAGUUUGGCCGAACCAAUUACGAAGGCAUUGCAACAGAGGUUGACAGUAAAGAGCCCGAUGAGAUCGAAGAGUACGCCAAGGUGUUUUGGACGCGCUACACUGAGAUUGCAGACUUUGACAAGCACAUUAAAGCGAUCGAGGCUGGCGAAGAGAAACUUCGAAAAGUGAACUUGCAGCGCAAGAUGCUCCGCAAGAAGAUUGAGAUGUAUAGAGUUCCACUACAACAACUCAAGGUCAACUAUACUGUUUCGACCACCAACAAGAAGGUUUACACCGAGGAAGAAGAUCGAUUCUUACUGGUGAUGCUGGACAAGUAUGGCAUUGAUGAAGAAGGGCUCUAUGAAAAUAUCAGAGAUGAGGUACGGGAUUCGCCGUUGUUCCGUUUCGAUUGGUUUUUCCUCAGCCGCACCCCGGUCGAGCUCGGAAGAAGGUGCACCACACUCCUCAAUACGGUGUCGAGGGAAUUUGGAGAGCCCGAUGAAAAGCUCACCAAUGGUCAUGGAACGGGCAAGGGGAGAGGACGAGAUCGGGACGAGGAUGAGGACGAAGAGGUUGAGAGCGAGGUUGCUCCUGCAAAGAAGAAGGCCAAAAACGGGAUUGUGAAUAAACAAGUCAAAGCCGUCAAGUCGGGUCGUGGGUCCAAGAACACUUCACCAGCGACAUCACGAGCACAAAGCGUCUCAUCAACGACAGCCACAGGCAGAGCAAAAGGAAAAAAGAAGUGAAUGAUUAUAGAUGGCGUAUGGGGUUGAACGGUCUUUGAGGCCACGGCGGACUCCUCUAGCGAUCUCCGACAUAGGACCAUGUUGGGCGUUUGUUGUGAUUACGACACAUUCUGACGAAAGGUGGCGCAGGGGAAAUCUCCAUGAUGAUCCUCAAGUAUUGUUAAUGCCCCAAGGUUAAUAGACGUGGAUGGCAUUAAAAGGUUGGAGAGGUCGAUUGUGAGAACGAUGAGACACAGGAGUGAGAGUGUGAGACUGGGAACAUGUACAACAGCAACGGCCAAAAAUGAAGGACAAUGACAUGAGCAUGGACACUUCCAGUCAUGGCUAGUUUAGUAAUUGAAACAAUGCCCAAGCAUGGCUAUAAUCGAGUGUCUCCGAGUCCAAAGUAACCG